GACUUUUCUGUCGUGACGUCAUCAGUUUAUGUUUAGCAAAAAGGAGAAAAGUUACGAAAUUCUUGGGAAUUUCAUGUUUGUGUACAAAUAAAUAGAAAUCAAAUAUUAAAAUAAACAAAGUGCCCUGUGUGUAUUGCACUUAUACAUUGUGUAAAUAUUUAUAGAGACUGGAACAGUUUUGCACCCGCACAGACCAAGAACACUACAUUCGUUACUUUUGGCGGCAUCGUCCAAGCCCAGAAAUAGACUUUCUUGUGCAAUAUCAGCGUGAAUCGAAAAGCUGUGAACUGAUUUGUACGCGUACCGGUUUGUGUAAAUAGGUCACGGUCUCUGGAGCGCAGUGCAAAGUGAAUAUGUACGCGGAAACGUGACUGAUUUGGAUUACUUGGGCGUCUAAAUUCGUUAGCUAUGGAGAAUACAACGGUUUCUGGAUUGAGGUCAAGGUCGCGGUCUAAAACACCCUUCCUACGGUCGAGUUGCGACCGUGAGAACUGCGCCGAAGGGGGCGAGCACACACACCACAAGUCUGGGAGGAAAACUCCUGUAAAACGAAGUACACCGGUCAAGCAACUUGGUCCGCCAUCAUCAACGGGGAAAGCAACACCAGAACCUAUCAUCGAAUUGGACGAGGAGCAUGUCUCACCACCGGCACACCGCACACGGCAAUCCAUGCGUUCUGCCACUGAGAAACUUAUCAAAACCUCUGAUUACUCAUCUGAGGAAAGCCCUGACCGACUGAAGGCAAGCCAGAAAGAGAUUUCACAGAACCAGCAGAACUACAAGUAUGAGUACGAGCGGGUGACGACGUCUCAACGUUCGUACAGCGGCGGCUCGCUGGCAGACAUCGCGCUGAGUCCCAUCAAUACUUACAAUGCUAGCAGGGACAGGUCGCGCUUCGGCAGCCCGGCCUACAGCGCGUGCUCCACCGACAGCUCGUUCGCGGAGCAAGCCCUGGCCGACGCCAGCGUGAUGCAGGACCGAGACCCGCAGCACAGCGUCGAGCACCUGCCCUACCGCCUCUACAAGAUGGCCGGCGAGUACUGGAACAAAUACCCGAAGACGGACUACACCUACUCUCCUCUCUCCCGCGACCGAGUGGAGCUGGCCCCGGGUCAGAUCGCGGUGCCCAACAUGUCGCGGCGCUCGCUGUCGCAGUUCCGCCUGCAGGGGCCCGUCACCUCGCCCGAUGAAGUAGACCUGCUGAUGAAGGAGACUGCGGGACUCAGGAGGCGGUACACUAGCAUAGACAGUUCAGACGACGACACGUACGGCCGCGUGAACGGCGGCUACACUCCCGUGCCGCAGCGCUGGUGGAUCACGACCCUGGUGCUGUCCAUCAUCACUACCCUGGCGGAGACCACGACCAGCCUGUACCGCCGGGUGGUGCCGCCGCCGCAGCCGCGGUAUCCGUAUAGAGGGGUGGAGCAGAGAGGGGUGCUAUCAAGAGCUGGUUCAGUAUUGGCUGCCCCCUUCUACUGGGUGUACACCGUCGUGGAAACAGUCGUGACCACCACCGUCACCACUGUCACGGAAACUGUGUCCCCAACAAAGAGCCGCGCCGCGUACCAGGCCGCGUCGCGACGGGAGGCCAAGCGGCGCUGGUGGCCGUGGCUGCUGCUGCUACUGCUGCCCGUCGCUGGAUACGGAUGUUACAACUUUGUGGAUGUAGACCAAAUAAGCCAAUACCUACCUCAACAGAAAACACUACCAGUGUCACAAGACACUUACAGACCACCGCAGAUAGUCCAAGACCCAAACUUGGCUAAAAGAAUAGCAGCUCUAGAAGACUGGGCGGUCAACGCCGAUACAAAACUUAAAUUCUUCGACCAAAAACUCUCAAAACUAGACAACCUAGAAGCCCAAAUCGAGUCGUACUCCCUGAAGCAUCUGCAACAAAACCUUAUAACCAUUCUCAACGUUAACUCAGAGAAUGGUGAAGCCAUAGCGGCUAAAUUCAAAGACUAUUUCGAUAAGCACUACGUGAACAAAGAGCAGAUGCAAUUAAUGAGCCAAGAGAUCCACGAGCGACUGAUAUCCUCAUGGAAACCGGAUUUAGACGAGGAUAGGAUCCGGCAGUUGGUCCAGGAAUACUUGUUAGUCUUUGAGCGGAAGCAGACGGAACUGUUGGUGGAGAAAGUAAAGGAGUAUGUAAAAGAGGUCCAGGUGACGAAGGUGGAUGUUGGGUUUGAUGUGGAGGCGGUGAAGAGGAUCGUGGCUGGCAUGCUUGACGUGUAUGACGCUGACAAGACUGGCGUGGUGGACUACGCGUUGGAAUCCGCUGGCGGGCAAGUGAUCUCCACAAAAUGCACGGAACUCUACCAGAUCAAGACGAAGCAGUAUUCAGUGCUGGGACUGCCCGUGUGGUGGGUGUACACGUCGCCGCGGCACGCGCUGACUCCUGGGGCCAUGCCCGCCGAAUGCUGGGCCUUUCAGGGCUUCCCGGGGUAUCUGGUGGUCCGCACAUACGCCAUCAUAGAGGUGACUGGAUUCUCAGUGGAGCACAUGUCCCGGCUGCUAGCUGUCGACGGAAAGAUCGAGUCUGCACCCAAAAACUUCUCCGUCUAUGGUCUCCGCGACGAGAUGGACCCAGAGCCGCAUCUAUUCGGCCAAUACCAGUACGACGCGAACGGCACCGCCAUCCAACACUUCCCGGUAUUACACCCAAAGACGCAGAGAAUAGCGGGCGUCGACUACCCCGUCGCUUACGACAUUAUCGAACUGCGCGUCGAGAGCAACUACGGCAAUCCUACCUACACGUGUGUCUAUAGGUUCAGAGUUCACGGUAACCCCCUCACGGACAUCAAGCAAGCCACUGAUGAUAGCAUGAGGGAUAGCGAGACGUAGCAUCGAGAAUUGGUGGAAAGAGUUCUGAAGUGUUGGGGUGUAGGUAAUGUGAAUUCGGACUGCGUCGUAGAUUUCAUGAAUAAUGGACAUCGGAGGUAGGAAGUGAAGUGUAGUUUGCGUAGUUAUGUAAUUGGAUUUUGAACAUUCCCAGUGACUUAAUCGGACAAUUUUAUUAAAUGUUAGAAAUUAUGUUUUACGAGAAAAUAAAAAUGUUAAGGUCCAAAGUACAAAUGUAAUGUUAACUUGAAUGUCCUUACUUAAGUAUCACGAGGCAGCAUAAUUAAGUACAGGUUAAUAUUUGUGUACAUUUUAACACUUUAUGGUGAAUUCCGAUUGAAUUUUUGCCAAUGCCGGAUAGCACAAUCGGAACGCCGGUACAGUACGCUUAGAUUUUUUAUCAAUAUUUAUUUACGUAUAUUUUAUGUUGUGUAUUAGUUUUAGCUUAAAUUACAAAUUAGGUCUCCGAUUAGUUUUGUUAUAGUUUCUAAGGCGUAGCUGUACGAGUAAUCUCUAAAUAGAUUUAGUAAAGGAGCUAGUCCAGUUAGACGUUACUAAAUUUUAUGUCGAUUUAAGAUUAGGAUUUAAGGCGAACGUUGAUUUUGUCUCAAAUACUAAUUUAACUAUAAAUUCCCACGUUCACUAAUCUUUCGAUAUUGUAUUACUAACUCCUAUACUAAGAAUCCCUUUGCAAAGAGGAACUUUUUACACACAGCACUUGUUUUAGAAAUCAUGUAUAUGUCUACACUUCAGUUAGGGCCGUAUCGGGUCCUAUCUCACUACGUUUAGCUUAACCCUUAGCUUACAAACAAAGAACCGAUGAGUUCUGUUCCUGCACAAAUUUUUGACUGACGGAACAUAAAUAUUUAUUUUUUAUUCCUUUACAGUUACCGUUUUGUUAUAAAUAUGUAUAAAUUUUGAUUAAAUUUUUCGGACAGGCCUCAAGCCGUUCUAAACGGUAGAUCGAUCCCCCGACAGUUUAAUUCCAUGUGCUAUUUCAAUAAUUAACACUUAAUUAUUUACCUACUCCUAAAUUUAGCAUGUUGUGUUCCUACUUAUUUAAAUAACUGGAAAUUCCUUCGCAGUGUUGCCAUAAUGGUCAGUCUUUACCUCUAUACAUAUAAAGCUUAGUAAACUUUAGAUACUAAUCAAACUGUUCCUUUUGCUGAUAAACGAAGGAAAGCCGCCGUAAAGAUAAACAAUAUAAAAUUAUUAAAAUAUCAUGUUACGGUUUAUACUAUUUUACAAAUGACACAAAGUUUUAUAAAAAUAGAUGAUGAUGUUAUUUACAAAAUAAUAAUGUGCCUUAGCCACGACAGUGUUUCAUGUUUUAUAUGUAGGUACAUACCUAUUUAUUUACAUCAUGUGUACUAAAUAUUGUUUAGCCAUGCAACUUAUUUCUAAUAAAUCACGAAUUGUAUUUUUCCGAUACUCCCAUAAUAUUGGUAUUAUCCCUCUUUUAAUUAAUAAUUUUGUUUUGUUUUCGAUGAGUAGUAUUUGUCCUUAUUUGUGUUAUUUAUAAAAUUAACGUUUUAAUGAUAAUUUGUGAACCUCGAUUAUAAUUAUGUGGAAAUUUUUUUGUGAUGUUCGUAAUAAAAUAUCUGAAAUAGCUAA